AUGUAUUUCUUUCGUGAUUUUUAUUUUUCGACCUCAUCUAUUGAUAAUAUUCAUUUGUUAUCAUUAGUACCUAGAUCCUUGGCUGAUGAUGCAACCGUUUCGUCGGAAGAGGACUCCACGCUACCCUUGGCGGCUGUAGGAAGUGAAAAUGAUGCAUACAAGGGAUCUCCUGCAAUCAAUGCUUUGGUAGCUUUCAGUAAACCUUCCUACGGUCUCUACUCUGGACGGCGCGAAAUAAACCUACCUGUUGGGAAAGUUUCAUCCAUCGUAGCGUCUCUAGCCUAUACUAAUCCUGCUAACAGCCAACAACAUUUCACACUGGAUUUCAUCGAAGGUGCUCUUCACUAUCCAAUGUACUAUGACUACCACAUACAAAACUUUACUAAGCAGCGUCUCCAUAAAACUUUGAACCCGGUCAGGAGGUUCAGACCAGCAGUUGAGUUAGCUGGUCGAUCAUUCGAUCUUUCUGUGGUUGUUUACUAUCACGACAACAAUAACAUUUAUUAUGCCCAUAAAUUAUUUAAUCAGACUAUUAAUCUUUAUGAGAUUGAAGAGGGCGUAGACACACAGUUAAUAUUCCUCGUUGUCCUGGUGAUUGCUCUCAGCAUUGCAGUACUCAUUGGCGCGUGGCACUGGUUCACCUCAAAGGCUAAUCGUCGUCAACCUACCAAACAAACUUCGAAGUUGGUCGAAAAUAAUGCUGACAGCGGUGUAGUGGAGAAUGAAUAUUUAGCACUGAUCAAUGAUAAAUCUCAAGCGAAGAAAGGUCGAUCUGACCAGACGGUACGUCGCCGACAAGGAAGGCGUUGA